UAAUUACUUAUUUUAAUUUCUAAAUGAGCCAUGUCUUCCCAGCAACUAUUUCGAUUUCCUCAAAAUAUUAUCUCAAAGAUAAAAAAAUUCGAUAAAGGCAUUGGAGCAAGGCUUCCAGAAGCGUAUAAGAAAUUUUACAAAGAGUGGCAACUUACAGAACCGUCUGCAGUCCACUAUAUCCCUGAAGAAGGUAAUUGGAAGCGAGAUGAAGUUACUGGUGAAGUCUUUCCUGUACAGAACUUCCAUAUUCCUCUACAGUUUCCCCCAGAGGCAGAAAAUCAUAUCUGGGGAGGAGAAGGUGUUGUCCAAGGUUUUCAAAAGCGCAACACCAAGAAUAACAGAAGAGUUCCACACUUUUGGGUGCCAACAUUAAAGCGAUCAGUUGUUUACAGUGAAGUUUUAGAUAAUUAUAUGUCUGUUAUAAUAACUGAUAAGGCUCUUAAUAUAAUACAUGAACAUUAUGGGUUUGAUCAUUAUUUAUUAAAGACACCAGCCUGUGAUUUAAGACUUUUAUUGCCCUUGAGGCUUAAAAGGAAGAUUCUAGAAGAGCUGCAAAAUGGUUGCCCAGCAUAUCAAAAUAAUCCAGAAAAACAGAAAGCAGUUCUAAGUCGUUAUAGUCAAUAUUUAACAGCAUAUACUGCAGAAGAAAUUGAAUGGUAUGGUUACACAUUUCAAGAAGCUUGUGCCAAAUUGGAAAAGUCUUUAGAGGCACAAAAUAGACCUGUUCCUCUCAAACAAAUAUAUAGGACGAAAUUAAUUGAAAAAUUACAUCAAAAUGCUGCCUCAAAUGAAGAAGUCAACCAAGAAAUUACGAAGACUGUUUCAUGGAUUGAAAAGAUUAAUCCAUUUGGUAAAAAGCAUGAAACAUAAACAGUUAAAUUUAUAAACUGACAAAAUUGUAGAUUUGAUUUUCUUUUUUGUGUAUGUUCAUUAUUACAAAUAUAAUAAAUAGUACCUAUAUGGAAAUAA